AGAAGGCUGAAGCCAAGAGGAGGAAGUGAGGAGGAGGAGGAGAAGGAGGAGGGACCAGCAGCAGGUCGGCGCUGUGAGCGAACACUCCAGACUCGGGACACAGAUUCCAGCGCUGAGGAAAGUUGGAGACUCUGGUUGCUGCCUCGGGUUCUUCCUCCAGAGCAGUAAUGCGCACCCAGGGGCGCCGGAUUUCUGAAAUCUCGCCCCGCGUCCGCCGCUCAGAAACGCGCCGCGAGAGGUCCAGAGGAAUCACGCACCUCUGCGGCCAGAGCCUCCACAGGUAGUGGCAAAAGGAGAGGAUCCCGGAAGAGCCAGUUCUGCAGGUUUAUUUCAAUAGAUCUGAUUUCAAAGCGGGAGGACGCAAAUGCACUUGCUUACUCUUUUGAGCAAGUAGAUAUUUUUAAGUUUUUUUUUUACUUUGUUUUUUGAUGGAAAAAAAGAACAUGUCCGACUUUAUGAAGAAGUGGCUGUGCGUGGCGAUGGACGUGGUGUGCGUCCUGCUCGCAUCCCUGCCCUCCAUCAUUUUGACCAUUAGGUUCAAGCCUUAUCAACGGGGGAUUCAUUGUGACGACGAGAGCAUCAAGUACCCGCUCAAACCGGACACCAUUUCCCACAGCAUGAUGGGAGUUAUGACCAUCACCUGCACUGUCAUUAUUAUCUCCUCUGGAGAAGCCUAUCUAGUCCACAAAAAGAUAAUUUACUCAAAUUCAAAGUUUAAUCAGUACCUAGCAGCACUCUACAAGGUGGUGGGAACCUUUGUGUUUGGCGCAACUGUCAGCCAGUCGCUCACAGACAUCGCCAAGUUCACGAUCGGCCGUCCGAGGCCUAACUUUAUGGCCGUGUGCGCGCCGAAGAACUGCACAGGAUACAUGCUGGAAAUCAACUGCACAGGCCCGUCACAUGAAGUCACAGAGUCAAGAUUAUCUUUUUACUCUGGACACUCCUCCUUUGGAAUGUACUGCAUGCUCUUCCUGGCGCUGUACGUGCAGGCCAGACUCGCGGCCAAGUGGGCCAGACUUUUGCGGCCCACCAUCCAGUUCUUCCUGGUGGCCUUCGCGGUGUACGUGGGUUACACCCGAGUCUCUGAUUACAAGCACCAUUGGAGCGACGUGGUGGUGGGGCUGCUGCAGGGAGCGCUUGUUGCCGUGCUCAACGUUGGCUUUGUGUCCGACUUCUUCAAGGAGCGCCAUGCACAUGGCACAAGCCCAGACGCGGGGAGCGGCGAGGAGCUGGAGAGGAAGCCGAGCCUGCAGAUUGCAGACGCUGAGCACGGCAACCACUGCAACUACCGCAACGAUCCCGGCCCCUUGUGAUGAGAGGCGUCGGCUCCCUUGGCUUGCAGCCUGCAGACACCCAAACCUGUGCAAUAGGUUCUGACGCAGGAGCUGCAGCUCCGUUUGUGCGGUCUGCUGCUUUUAGUUCAAGUCUCGAUUCCAAUUCUGGAAAUGUUACAUUUUGUUUUGACUUCAUGAGCUCAUCAGCUCCUCUUCUCCCUUUUCAACCACUCACUCUGCAUCUGCUCCACUGGAAUGAGUAAGAGGGGACACCACCCCUAUCAAGGAAAACACAAUAAACUCUGCUUUCCUUGUAGAGGAGAAGAGAGUGCAUUGCCUUCCAUGCAUCUUUCUUGAAGUUGCAUUUUGAGGACUCUAAACUCACUGUAGCAAAGCAGUAGUUCAAUGUAACCACAUAGAAUAAUUGUUGCUCAUAUUGUCGCAAGCAAAUUACACCCAGAAGGCACAGUGUGUGCCUUCUUGCAACCUUGAGAAGAAACUCUGAUGUCCCCCUGCUUAUUGCCUGCUUCUGAGAAAUCUGCACUUGUUAAUUUAUAUCUAGUAACCUAAUUACUUUGUAAGACAAGCUUUUUUUCAUAGGUCGAUAAUGGAAUAUGUGGUUGAAAUGCAAUUUUAGCAACUUGAAAGAAACAAAUAUAUCUAAAAAUAGGUUCUUAAAGUGAUUAAAAAAUGGUAGUGUUAGAAAAUUUGACUAACUGAAGCUUGCAUUUGUUCCGGUGUUUUUAAAUUUUGUGUGUAAAGAUUUGACCUGUUUGCAGUGAGAGAGAAUUACAACUCAAAUAUGAAUGUCUGUAAAAAUAUGGUUUGAUUUACAUAUUAGCAACAUUUUUAGCACACUUUAAACUGCUCACGAGACAAGACAAUGUUGUACGAGUUAAUGAAGAUGGAUUUGUGUAUCUGCACACCACUGUGCCCUCAGAUAGGCAACCAUCUGUCUUAACUUUCACUAAACAAUAUGAGCAACAACUCAAUACUUACCCAGGACGAGACUUUACUGAAAAUAAAGGAUUACCUUCAGUGACACGAAACAAAACCUUUAAGAACGGCGGAUGCUUUAAAGCACACAGGUGCAUCUCAAUGACUUUGAAAUUCUUGGAUCAGGUCAUUUAACAAAGUAAUUCAGAUCAUGGAGCUAACCUCGUAUGGAUUCAUCACAUACAGUGAUGAUUUUUAUGAUUACAGCAAACACACAUUGGUCCAGAUGUUCCCAUAUUCUACAGUGUAUGCAUAAUUUGGUCAAUGCUCAUUUUGCAGGAAUGGGGCUUCUUGGGUGUCAGGAAACCCAGGUUGCUUUAGCCCAUUUACAUUCUUGAGCCAUGUGUCUCAGUCAUCCACCUGAAAAUCCUUCACAUUUUCUCUAUAGGACUUGUAAGAACUUGCAGGUCAAUCCAGCUCAGUAAUACUAUGGUAAUUAAAGAAGGCAUCAGUACUUCUGGCAGUGUGAGUAGGUGCCAGGUCCUGCAUGUGAUUCAAAUCUGCAUCUCUGCAUAGCUCAUCAGCAGAGAGAAGCAUGAAAUUCUCUAAAAUGUGAUAUUAGGAUCAAUUUUAGAGCACUUAGAAACUAAGUCCAAAAUAUUUUUCUCUGUAGCCUGGGUGCGAUAAUUCUGACAUCUGCUUCAGGAGUAUUUUAACACCAGGAAUGAAACGUCGUAGUCCAUGUAGUGGUGACUCUGACACUGACUCCAACCACAGUCCAUGCCUUGUGACUCUCCUCCCCAAGGUCUUGCAAAACCUUUUCUUCCUCUAAAGGUUGCAGUCAUCCAAGCAACCAUGUUGCUUAUGCACCCAUUUCUUAAACUGCACUUUUUUUCUUCCACUCAGCUUGUACACUGCAGUUUGAAUGGCCAGUAUCUUAGCAAUCACGCUUUGUGAUUUACCCUGGUCUGCUUGACCACUCACAUGAUUGUCCUGGCCUCAACAUGACUGGAAAAUAACCAUUUCAUAUUUAACAUUUUCUUAUUGGCCUCAAGUAAUAUUUACAUUUUCUAAGACAAAUUUUUUUGUUUUGUUUUUUUAGCUAGAAGCUAUAAUCAUCAAAGCUAACAAAAUUGCAGGUUUUAAAUGUGGCAUUUUGCAUCAUAUAUCUAUAUAAAACAAGGUUUACUUUUUGCAUUUAAAUAUUGAACUAGGUUGAUGUUUGAUAAAAUUAUAAAUCAUUGAGAUGCAUCUAUGGACAUGCUUUAUGCUCUUUAAUAUAUAUAUGCUUUAUUAAAACUGACUCUUUUAAUUUGUAAAGGUUGGGAGUAUUUGCUCCAUGUUUAUAUUUCCCCAUGUGGGACAAAUUGGACUGCAGCGGUAAAGUUACUGAUGCUCACAGCUUCCAGUUCAGUGCGACUUAAUGCACCACACUGCUACCACUAUAUUGCUAAAGACAUUGGUUGAAAAUUUGACCACCAAUUUUUCUUUAUUUGUUUAAUUUUAUUGUUUUAUUUUACGAAUCGUCAAAGAAGGACAUGACAGCCAUUUGAAAAGGCUGUUUUAUUUAUGCGUGACAUAAAUUUUCUAUACACUUUGUACAAGGCUGGAAAUGCCAGCUUUAUUGAAGUUAUUCUGUGCAAUCACAUCUGCUUGCCACUAUGAGCCACAAAUACUGUAUCUACUAAUGCUAUGAGACUUUAUAAAAGAUGAUUGUGAGUGUAUAUACUUUUAUGUUUGUAUAAUUCAAAUUCCAUAGUUGUGUUUCAGCCAGUCAGGCUUGUCUGUUUGAUUCAGCACCAGGUCUAGGACAAUUGCCAUGUUUGGUCUUCAGAGUGGUCGUAGUGAUAAUGAGUGAUGGACUCAAAUGGGUUUUUAAAGAUGGUAAAACUGCUCUGCUCAAAUUUUAUGGGCCCAUAAUCUCCAAUUCUCUUUUUCUUAUUAAGGUUUGGAAUCCGGUUUUGGGCCAGUCUUUUGUGGAGAUCACUGCUGGAUUGAAAGUAAGAUCAGGCAGACUACUAAUUUCUCUGGCCUCUGGCUAGAGGUAGAAUACAUGGAGAAAAAAAGUAAAGAUGGAGAAAAUCCCAUGUACUAGUUAUUGUUCCAUUUGGACGAUAAAGUCUGAAUUCUCCGAAAUUAUCCACUUUAAUGCCCCCAGAAGUCAGAAUACUGACUUGCAAUGAAAAAAAUGUUCUUGCCAAUUCUGACCUCAAAAUCCAACAUGGCAGAGGUAGCUGUGGUAAUCAAAAGUUUAGCUGCAUGCAUGCUAAAUUGUAACUCUUUAAAUUUCUCUCACACUCAAUACUGUACAACCUCUCUUAAAGAACAUGUUGCUAUGGUUUGAAUGAUCAAAAUGAGAGAAAAUGUAUUGUUUUGACCUUUUAUAGCUAAUUAUUAUUAGUUUGGUCACUUGGUACAACAGUUCCCACUGCCUUUCCUUCUAGCUUGUGUCUAACACAGUAAAGUUGACUGUGGCAUAAUUUGGGAUCUGAAUUCUGGCUUUAGAUGAUGAAUCAACAACAGGUAUUGGUUGUGGUGCUUGGUUCUGCCCUUUCUUGUUUUUAACAAACAUAUUACACAGCCAGACAAGCGUCAAAUAAAUAAACUAUAUUCAAGCAAACCAAGAGUUUUAACUGGUGUCAGUGUCUUGUUUUAUCUUUCUUUAAAGUGUUCAUACUUUAUAACGUUUGUCAACUUUGUACCUGUUGUUCAUAUUAUCUUUACUUAGGUGUAGCCUGUAUGUCUACAGUCUUCAACCUUGAGAGUUUUAAAUAAAGCUGUAUUCCACCCUCAAA